AUGAACACACGAACCACGAACUCGUACCUGGCCCGACGGCCACUGGUCCUGGGUCUUGCAAAGGCCCUCUUCCUUUCAGUCGGACGGUUACCGAUUGUACAAGCCGCACCCCUCCUCGCAAGAGACCUAUUCUCUUCAGCCGACGAACCAGAAGCAAAACCUCCGGAUGAUCCAAGCCUAUGGAUAUACUUGACUGUCGCAGCGGUGCUGGUGCUGCUAGGUGGAGCGUUUGCAGGUCUGACGAUAGCGUUGAUGGGUCAAGAUGAGAUAUAUCUCCAGGUCAUAAAGGAUUCUGGUGAAGGUAAAGAGAGGGCGCAUGCUGCAAAGGUGUUAAAAUUGCUUCGCAGUGGGAAGCAUUGGGUUCUUGUCACUUUGCUAUUGAGCAAUGUCAUCACCAACGAGACCUUACCUAUCGUGCUGGAUCGGUCCCUCGGUGGCGGAUGGCCUGCUGUUCUGGGUUCGACUGUGCUUAUUGUGAUCUUCGGCGAAAUUGCCCCUCAGUCCGUUUGCGUCCGUUACGGCUUGCCAAUCGGUGCUUUUAUGGCACCGUUUGUCCAGGCCCUAAUGUGGCUCCUAGCUCCUGUCGGAUGGCCAACCGCCAAGCUCCUCGAUUACCUUCUGGGAGAAGAUCACGGGACUACAUACAAGAAGGCGGGAUUGAAAACACUUGUCUCCCUGCAUAGGAGCUUGGGGGAUGCCGGGCAACAACUCAAUUCGGAUGAGGUGACCAUUAUUAGUGCAGUCCUGGACCUCAAGGACAAGCCGAUCGGCAGCAUCAUGACACCGAUGGACGAUGUCUUCACCUUGUCGCUCGAUGACGUCCUCGAUGAAGCCACAAUGGACGAGAUUCUGUCCCAAGGAUAUUCCCGAAUACCCAUUCACCACCCAGACAAUGACUCCAACUUUGUCGGCAUGCUCCUUGUGAAGAUGCUCAUCACCUAUGACCCUGAAGACGCCAAACCAGUCCGAGACUUCGCCCUAGCUACCCUGCCAGAAACUCGUCCUGACACGAGUUGUCUUGACAUUGUCAACUUUUUCCAGGAGGGCAAAUCUCACAUGGUGCUUGUCUCCGAGUAUCCAGGCGAGGACCAUGGUGCGAUUGGCGUGGUGACGCUCGAAGACGUGAUCGAAGAACUGAUUGGGGAAGAAAUCGUGGAUGAAUCUGAUGUCUUUAUUGACGUACACAAAGCCAUUCGCCGAUCAAUGGCAGCGCCGUUCAGGCGCAUUCCAAAAACGUAUAUCCUGCCUGACGAGCCCUCAACAGUCAAUGGCGCCGGUCCAGAGUUGGUCGAUAUUGCCGAAAGCGAGAUACUCUCGCCAGAUGAUCUUCAACGCGCCAAAACGGCUGAAAAUCCGCCCAAAAAGAAGGAUGUUGUGGGCGCUAGGAGACGCUCAAGCGCAAACAGUAUGGGUGGAGAUAACAAAGCUGGUCGGAGAAAUGCGAGCACAGACGAAAUCAAAGAGCACCUGAAGCAUCUUGGACCAUCCAAUCUGGCCAGCAGGCCCCGAACCACGCGAUACAACACAGUGAAGAUCAAGCCCGGGACAGCCACAGCGACGAAGCCAGAGGGUCGGCUAACUCCGGCUCGCCGCAUAUCAGAACCCGCCUCGGAAUACCAGGGUGGCAUUGGAGAAGGAUUGCUCAGUUCUGGUGGUAAGAACGCCAGUGGUGGCGUGCAAGCCUUGAAGCAGGGUUAUGAUACCAUAUCGGGUUCGCCGAGUGAAAGAAGACCGCAUAGUGCGAACAAAGCAGUCCAAGCAGGGCCGCCACUAGACAAAGAUCUCGACCACAACGGCACUCCUGACCAAGACACGUAUCAAGAACGGCCAUCAGUCAGGACCAUGGACAGUCAAAGCACCAUAGGAAGCUUACCCGGAUCCCGGCAGCAGUCAAGAAGCCCUUAUUACCAUCACAAAGGUCCUGCCAGGAGUGGUAGUAUCACGGAAAACAUUGUCGAUACCAAUGGAUUUCGGAAGGUAGUCCUUGAGAUGACAUCGAGCAGCGAGUCGAACGAGGAGGACGAAAAUUCCGGGGCAAACAAGGGGCAACAUUCAUAUGACGAGAACGGAAACUCUACCACAAAACUUCGAGGUGGUAACCAAGAAAAUCCAGACGACCAUCCGGAAGAUGACUCGAAGAAGAAAAAGCGGCGCAAACGGAAGCAUGGGCGCGGCAACGGCAAGGGAGAACGCCAGCCACUGUUGGGCGACUAG